GUGUUUUUCAUCAUCAGUUACAGAUUUUUCUUGACUCAGUCAACCAAAUUGGAUUGAUUUGUACCUUGACCGCCUUAAGACGCUAGGUGCAGCUAGCUGGUCUGGUCUCCAAUGGGUUGCAUCCAGUGGCGGAGGUAGUGAAGCGUUAGGGGGGGGGGGGUCAUAUGACCCCUAUGGAAUUAAUUUUUUUUGUUUUAUUUUUAGUGUAAUUUUGAAUGGAUUUAAUGAAAUACUCAGUCAAAAUUGGUGUUUGACCCCAGUGAACAUGUGUUCAAUUUCCAAAAAAAUUAUUAUGACCCCUAUAGAAUUGAUUCCUACCUCCGCCACUGGUUGCAAUCCCUCACUUUCCUGACUUUAUAACUACUACUACAUGAAUUGAGGGUAAACAAUCCCAGAUAGUUAAGAGCCUUUACAAUAUUCACAGAUUGUCUCCACCAAGAAAUAUCAUAUUUUAGUUGUCAGAGUUUGUUUCCAACUCUAUCCAUUUUUUAUAUCAUGAUGACACAAAGUCUAAUAAAUCUUUCUUGUUUCCAACUCUAUCCAUGCUUUUGGACCCUUUUUUUUUGAAAGCAUAAUUUGGCAUUACUUGUAUACAAAUCUUUCUCUGAACUUUUGAUGUGCUACUUUAUUUCAUAUCUCAACAAUCUUGCUCAGAUGUUAUGAUAUCCUAAAGAUUACAAGAUGUUAUGAUGUACUAAUAUUUUUUCGUAUUAGCUGAUAUUUAUCUAUAAAAUAAUUUUAUUAUCAUAUAUGUAAAUAACUUGUUAAUCAAAUUUGAGACUUUGUGUACAUAAGAUUAUUAGUCAAUAAAUAAAUUGAGAGGAGCUAUUAUACUUCUAAAGUUUUACCAUGGUAUCAAAGAUGUGAAUGUAACUAGAAAAGCUCGACUAUUACGUGGAAAAUUUGAGUAAUUCGAAGUCAGAACGCACUUAUUUGAUCUUUUCUCUGAUGGCAUUGCAUGCUUUACUAAAAAAACGAAUAUUCAAACGUUUCUACCAAUCAUCUAGUCAAUAUUGGAUUGCGACGGUCUUGUAGAGGCAUUAUUUAUCUGUUAUAUUGAAAAUUAAUGAGAACGCACAAAAUGCUCUGUUUUUUAACUGUAUAAAUACCAUCACUAAUUGUGUCUUGAACCAUCACAUCACCUUCACCUUCAACAUCAAACACAAAGCAAUGGCGAGUAUCAAGGUUUUCGGACACGCUACUACCACUUCCACCAGGAGAGUCCUCCUCACUCUACACGAGAAAAACCUCGACUAUGAGCUCGUCAAUGUCGAGCUCAAGGACGGUGAGCACAAGAAAGAGCCUUUCCUAUCCCGCAACCCUUUUGGUCAAGUUCCAGCCUUUGAAGAUGGAGACCUCAAGCUCUUUGAAUCAAGAGCUAUUACUCAGUACAUAGCUCACCGAUACGAAGACCAAGGAACCAAUCUCCUCCCAGCUGACUCCAAGAACAUAGCCCAAUAUGCAACAAUGUCCAUUGGCAUGGAAGUAGAAGCUCACCAGUUCGACCCAGCAGCUUCAAAGCUUGCUUGGGAACAAUUGUUCAAGCACAUCUAUGGCUUGACCACGGACCAAGCCGUUGUUGCAGAACAAGAGGCUAAGUUAGCCAAGGUCCUUGAUGUCUACGAGGCUAGGCUGAAGGAGUUCAAGUAUCUGGCUGGUGAAACUUUUACUUUGACCGAUCUUCACCACAUCCCUGUGAUUCAGUACCUUCUUGGAACUCCCACCAAGAAGCUCUUCACUGAGCGUCCACGAGUCAACGAGUGGGUGGCUGAGAUCACCAAGAGGCCAGCUUCCCAGAAGAUCCUUCAGUGAGAAAAAGUUCUGAAAAUGAAAACACUCUGCUUCAGUCACAAUAAUAAUGCUCGGAGUAAAUAAUAAUGCCCAGUUUCUCAGUACUCUGAUUUGUCUUUCUGGUGUGUCUCUGUUUUUAUACUCAGUUAUAUGUGAGUUUCCGUUCUUGAGAGAUCUUUGUUGAAUCAAAAACUAUAUAUCUAAUCUUCAAGCUCUUCUAUAAUAAAACAACUUAAUUAAGUUAUUUAAUA